UACAUCCAGUCGCCUCAGGUUCCCAAGGCCAACGCCACGCCUGCUGAUACGACAAGAACCCUGCACCACGCUGAAAGACUAGAUCGCAGACUCUCCACUAAACGUUAUCGGCUGGACAUUGUGUUUUAGAGAAUCACCCCCGUGGUUUCUCCCCUGUCCCAACCUAGCCAAUCCGCUCCGCAAAGAUAGUACAGCGGCAUUGAGAGGUCAUAUAAAAUUACCCUGGGAAUUGUAUCCUCUUUUGUCCGCACUGGAUUGGGCCCAAACAUCAUACAGGCCAAUAUAAGAACAAAGCCGAGGCAAGACGCCCAAAAAAAACAUAAUAAUAUAACAUUCGGUAGCCAUCCUGUUUUAUUCUAGGCUUGCUGCUGUGUUGGGCUAUUUUACAAUCUCUUAGGAGGCUCUAUCGUCCGGGUGAGAUUAUCGCACCGGGGUACUUAGAAUUUCCUUUUGCUUUUUCCAUCGCCCCUAUAACCCCUGCUAGCUCCUGAAACUAUUUAGUCGCAGCGCACCUAAACUGCAAGGGAUUAACACCUGACGGCGUCGUUGGUUCUUUCCCCCGACACGCGCAACACCAUAUUACUGGGGUUGUAGGUGUGUGGAGCAAUCCGCUGUGGCCAUGCUUCUUCCGCACAAAAUAAUCCUAGUUCACUACCUCACAACUUAACGGAUGACCAAGCCCAAUCUGUUAGAGCUCCCAAUAGGGGCUCAGCUCGUCUAUCUGGCUGAGGGCGGUGCCAACGUGAUCUAUCGCAUCGUCUCGCCGAAGUCGGCUAUUGCGUCGAAGAAAGAGUUGCCGCUGGUGGUUAAUGGUGCGGACUCCUGUAGCGUCCCACCCGAGUUUAAAGGGAAGUUGCUGCGAUUGCGCAAGGACACACCGUCUGGGAUCCCUUACCAGGAGAUUGCUCGAAACUUUGACAAGAAUAUUCGCCCUCUCUUCAAGCCGGAGGAGCUGGUGGAUCAGGAGCUGGUAUGUCUCCCACGGGGGCUGAUCCAGCAUUGCAAUGAUCAACUGCACGUCGCCGAGAUGGACGGCAAGCGCCCCAAACGACGUCAAGGCGUGUAUCUGGCCACUGCCGAGCCGUUCGGACUUCUGAUUACCGACAUGACCACCUUCAACGACACGGGAAUGGUUCUGGCCGAAUUGAAACCGAAGUGGCUUCUGCAGUCACCAUCGGCGCCGGCUACUGCCCGCAGAUGUCGCACGUGCGCCAUGCGUGAUAUGAAGAACCACGAGGCGUGGACGAGGGGUGGGAAACCAGAGCGAUCGUUUUGCCCGCUCGACUUGGUCUCGGACAAGUUCGAAAACGUCCUGCGGGCCACUCGGUCGGUCAAGGGCUGCAAAGAUUCAAAGCAGCUGGCGAAAGUGCUGUAUUGGAACGGGACAAUGCAGAAGCUUCUCGCUCACCAAAGAGCACAUCGCGAUGUUGGGCUGCACGGCCCGGCGGCGCAGUCUCGGGACAAGUCACUCGCAAUGACCCUCCGAGACUGCACGAUGUUCAUCAAGAUGCCGCGCGACGAAGUGGGCACUGUUGAAAUCCGUCUCGGUGAUCUGGAUCUGAAGACUGGAGCCGGUGGCAAAGCGAAAUACUGGCUGGACGUGGAGACGCAGUUGAUCUCCGAGGGCUGGUACUUGGGGUCGAAGAGCUGUUCGCAUGUGAGCGAUUGUGCAUUGCAAGGAUCCCGAGGUCAUUCGCAGCCAUCUAUCUAGCCUUCCGAUUCUAUUCUAACUACUUUCAAGGCCUUUAAUCAUCUUAAGUCGGCAGUUGAGUCACGAAGAUCGCAUGACGAUGGACUGCACUCUAUCUUUUAAUAAUAUGCAAGUUACGUCCGGUUUUAUGCAUUUGGGAGGUAUCCGUCUUUCGGUUUUCGGUCUGCAUGUUGUGUACAUUAGGUGUUUUAAAUUUUUAUCUAGGUAAUACACAAGUUUAGAGAAA